AAUGUCCGCUAUUAAUUAGGCAAAUGUAGGGACUCGGAGGAUGUGUCGCAAUGUUUCCCACGCUCGUGCAUUUCAGUUUAAGCCACUUCCCUUUCUACCUUCCUUGUAUUUGCGCGUAAAAGAGACAGUGAAGAGAGAUGCGUUGCGUUGAUAAAGGUCUCAGUAUUUUUGGUAAAUCGACAUAUUUAAAACAAAAGAUGGCAUGGACGAAGUAUUCACAACUAUUCUGAAAAAGGUACUGUCAACCAAAAGUGGAAUUUGUGGUCCGUUGGCUAAGGCAUCACCCUGGUUUGAUGGACAGCCCCUCUUCAACAACCAGGCGUCAGGCCUGGGUCCAGAACAGACGACAGUGGCUUACCCUUGAAGAGCAAGAGCUACAGGAACCAGUGAAAUAUAUCCAACCCUCUACCCUGCAACAUCCAGAACAUACCCAUCCUUCUGCCCCACAGGGACCCACAGGAACCCAUCUGUCUGGCCCACAGCAGUCUGUAUCAGAGGAUGAUGUCUUCUCAGAAGGAUGCUCUGCAGGAAAGAUUAAGAGCUGGCUGCUGGGCUGCGGGCUGGAGAGGGGCUCAGAGAACUCUAGUCAUAGUCUGACCUUUGAGUCUCUGCUGAAAGCCAGUAGUUAUGAAGAUGACCUGAGUCUGGGUGCCGAAGCUACAGCAUUAAAUAUCGAAGGAAUCUCAGAGCUGGGAAGCAGCGAACCGCUUCUACCACCACCCAAACACACUGGGGUCACCACCAGCAGCACACCCCGUCAAAGGCGGACUCCUCCCCUACUUGACCUGGGUCACAGCAUGACCUCUAGUGCACUCUCCUACAGCACCAGUAAGGCAUCAAGUGUGUCUGAGGUACUGCAGCUGUGUGCUGAGGAUGCAGAGGAGACGCUGUGCCAGUUGGGCUUCGGCUUAGACGAGCCUGCGGUCACUGCCCGCAUCCCCACCCGCUUCCUCAACUUCCCCUCUCAGCUGAAUGGAAUCAACUUCCGCCUCUUCCUCCAGUCUCAACUGAACCGCCUUCGACAGGAGGACCCAGGACUCUCUCUGGCCAGUCGUUUCAGGCAGGUAGAGGUGCUAACAGCCAUGGCCAAUGCCUUCUACUCUCUCUACUCCCACGUGUCCCGGACGCCCCUUCAGAAGCUCGCCCCACCCGAGUUCAGCUACUCCCCAACUGGUGACAGGCAAACUGGAUGGCGCUUCAUGGGAAGCGUCCGCAGCGAACCCAAGUCUCCAGUGGAGCGACUCAAAGACACAGUUUCUAAGAUGUGCCUCUAUACUGGCUCUGGAGGUUCCACCCGGGUUGGUUCAGACUCUGCUUUCCCCGGAUCAGGAGUCUACCCUGGCCCUAAGUAUGGGUCACACUCCAAGAAGCGAAGCAGUCUGCCUGACUUGGUGGGCCUGGUGCUGGAGAAAACCAAGAUCGAUGCUGUCUCAAGAGAUGUGGAAUGUCCAGAUAUAGGAGUCAAUAAUGGGACCAGUGCCACUAUGGACAGGAGCACGAUGGCCAAGGAUAGAGACAAGGAGAUACAAGGACAUCUAGAUACAGCUGUUGACAAGGACAGGAAGCAGAAUUGCUCGCUGUCUGAAAGACAGGAUACAGACACGGGGAAAGGUACUGCAAAUAGGGCUAUGGACACUUACAGAACUCCCAGCCCCAGACUAUCAUCCCAGUCAGGUCAGAGUGAGCCCGCUAGUCGAAAGAAGCUGGACUUUUGCCUUACUUCUCCAAGGCCUGCUAGUGAGGUCAAAGGAGGUAAAAGCACGAUUCGUCCCACAGGUUGGGUGGCUGCGAUGCCACCAGUUGCCAAGGUUACACAUGACAUAAUAUGUCCACAGAUUGUCGAGAGUGUGCACCAGAUACUCUACAGAAGUCAGCAGCAACAGCGGAAUACAAAUGUGGCCAUUCAGCUGCCUGGACCAUCCUCUGAGAAUGUCAGACAAUCAAAUCAAUUGGAUGGACCACACGGACCAAGUGAGGAGGAACGCUUAGCCGCCAGUAAGUCUGCCAUGCAUAUAGAAAUGGCUGUAACUCCAAAGGCUGAGUCAGAGGGAGACUUAAGUUUGGGAGGAACUGGGAAACUGGUGGAGUCGACUUCCAUGCUGGUAGACCUCCCUAGUGGCCGGAUGUCUCCUUGUCUUAUUACUGUAACGGAUGUGACUUGUAGUUUUGGUUCUGACACACACGAGGCAGUUCUCACUUCCAGUGGUGAUACUACAGCAAACCCGACAGGGUCCCGGUACAGUCCAGAAGGAUGCAGGAACAAGAGCUACCUGAGUCUGCGGGUCCAAGCGAAGGCAUCGGACAGUCUUCAACAGGCCAACUCCUUUGAGCUGGAAGAGUUGCAUAGUGCAGGGGAGGAAGAGUUUGGACAGCAAGAAACAGUUAUGUCAACCUCUUUGCUAAUGUCUUCUGUCAGUCAAAACAAAGGUCUGGUGGUUCGAGGUGACAGCAUGCAGUCAGACAGUAGUGGCUAUGCUGAUGAAGACAUCUCUUCAGUCCACUCACCUGGAAGAGACAAGAGCUGAGAGAGGAGUUCCAGCCCAAAUGAAUGUGCAAGCAACCAACUGAAUCAGCUGAUGGAUGCGAGCCACAACAGACUGCUAUAUAUGUGGCUGAUACGUGACCUAUUACUUGCAGUAUCUUUGCGUUGUGGUCAGGCAGGAACUCACCACAACUUUUAGAGAACUGAACAGAGAAUUGUUAACACAAGAAACACUGAAAACAAGUUCAGCCACUGGAGGUAUAUUCGGCAUGUCGAAUAUUAAAAGGUAUUUCUUCCCUUCAUGUUAGUGUUACUGAUUAAAUUAUGAAUUGUAUAUAACAACUCAUUGUAUAACAAGUUGUUACCCGAAAGAUGUUACACUGGAGAUAAUCAACACACAGUUUAAUUAAAGAAAUAAGGCAUGAGUAGGUGUGGUGUAAUGGCCAAUAUCCUACAGCUAAAAGCUGUUCUUACGCACAACCCAACCUGGAGUGCUUCGAUACAGCGCUCAGCUGGCGUAUAAUAGUAAUAAACUAAACAUAAAGGUGCAAAGUGCUCAGGAAUAAAAAUUAUAUAAAAGUACUCUGAGGCAUAAAGUCAAAACUUUUGUUUUAUCAUUUUCCAUUUUUGGACCUUUGUUUAGUUUUCAGCAUUGUUUAAAUUAUAAUUAGUUAUAUCUCAGCUUCCUUGGAUUUUUUAAAAAUUUUAGGCUGCGCUCAAACCCUCUCUCAGCUGUACUCCGUAUGUAAGCAAUAUACCACAAACCUGGGAAGUGCCUUUUCGCUAUUAAAAAUGAACAAUUAGAGCAAUUUUGUUUUGUCAUACCCUUAAUAUGUGAUCUGAUAUAGGGUUCAACCCACUGUUUAUAAUUGUGAUUGUCCUCUGUGAACAUGUAGAGACACUAUUAAUGACAAUCAAUCAAUAUUGCUGUGUCUUUGUAAAAUUCAAUAUUUAAGAUAUUAAUAAAAGGUAAUGCAAAGCUAAAAUGGGGUAUAUUAAUGUUAACUGACUUAAAUUACAACUUAUGUGCACCAACUUUUAAAAACAUUUUUAUUUAGAAAGUAACAUAUCAAUCAAUUUAUAACAGUGAUAGGACAUU